CAGAGCGGGCGGCGGGCCGCGCAGAGUGCGAAGCUCUUUUGUUCGGCAGAGGGGAGGGCCGUUGGUUGGGGCCUGCGGGACGCCGCUUCAGUGAGGGGCUGGGUCGCCGCAGCCGGCCUGUUGCUCUUCUGCGCGCCAGUCGUUCGGCCCGCCUGACGCGACCUGCCAGUAGCGCGGCACCGAUUCCUCUCCUGCUCUCGGGCGCUGCUUUGAGCAGCGUCACCCUUUAUACUAGAAAGCUGGCGGGCACUAUGGGGAAAAAACAAAACAAGAAGAAAGUGGAGGAGGUGCUAGAAGAGGAGGAAGAGGAAUAUGUGGUGGAGAAAGUUCUCGACCGUCGAGUGGUAAAGGGCAAAGUGGAGUACCUCCUCAAGUGGAAGGGGUUCUCAGAUGAGGACAACACGUGGGAGCCAGAAGAGAACCUGGAUUGCCCUGACCUCAUUGCUGAGUUUCUACAGUCGCAGAAAACAGCACAUGAGACAGAUAAGUCAGAAGGAGGCAAGCGCAAAGCCGACUCUGAUUCUGAAGAUAAAGGAGAGGAGAGCAAACCAAAGAAGAAGAAAGAAGAGUCAGAAAAGCCACGGGGCUUUGCACGGGGUUUGGAGCCGGAAAGGAUUAUUGGAGCUACAGACUCCAGUGGAGAACUCAUGUUCCUGAUGAAAUGGAAAAACUCUGAUGAGGCUGACCUGGUCCCAGCCAAGGAAGCCAAUGUCAAGUGCCCCCAGGUUGUCAUAUCCUUCUAUGAGGAAAGGCUGACGUGGCAUUCCUACCCCUCGGAGGAUGAUGAUAAAAAAGAUGACAAGAAUUAACUCUCCUGAGUACCAGCCCCUGUCACAUCUGACUGUGGGUUCAAGUGGGGAGGGAAAGGAGUUCUGCUUGUCUUGACACCAUAGAGGUGGCUUGAGAAGAUGUCCUUUGAAGAGCCAGUAUAGUUUCUGUGCCCUACAGCAGCCCAAGUGCUUUAAAGCCGUUCCAUGCUGUAUAGUUUGCACACCCAUCCAAGUGGAAGGGAAGGAGGAUAAGUGUUUCAAGGCGACCCAUUCUGCGCUGUGCCGAGAAAAGCAAAGGGCCUUCUAUGAAGGACAAAACUUGCAGAAUGGGUGUGUGGGAGAGCAGAAAGAUACUGUAGAUCUUCAAAGAGCAUCUCCACAACCCACAGCCUUCUUCCCAAUAGUGUUAACUGCAUUUUUACAGCGUAGCAUGUGUGUAGUUUUUGACUAUUACUGGUGUAUUAUUUUGGGGUGGGAGGGAUGGGGCGGGAAGGAAGGGAGAUGGGUAGUAUUGUUUUGUUAAAAUUUGGGGCCAUGUUGGGGAAAUGGUAAAACAAUGGAUAGAACAAACAAUGAGUUGGUUCUGUGUCCAGAAUAUUUCAUCUUUUCAAAAAAAUGUCAUUGCCAAUCUAAUUGAGGACUGUAAGAGACUGUUUAAAAGCUGUGAAUGCCUGAAACUUACAAGCCAAGGUGUUCCCUGCCUGAACUGAAUGCUCUUCCCAACAAAGGACUAAGCCAGUUGAUAAGUUACCAAAGCUGCCAUUUUACGGAUGGAAACUGGUUGAGAAGGGAAAGUCUUUUACUGGAGCAUAUACAAUAGGCAGAUCAUUCUGUCUUAGAGGUGCUAAUUCUUGAAAUUGACAAGAAGACCCUUUCUUUUCCAGUUAUGAUGCCAUAAAUAAUAGCUUUUCCAUCCAAGUUACUGGCUGAGGUAUUUGGGGAGGGGAAGAGGGUGACAUAGGAGGCGUGAGCAUUAAGAGGAAGGCCCAUGCUCUUAGCGUGGAAAACUCUCGGAGCCUCUGUUUUUCGAACUUUAGACUCUGAAACUGUUGAUGGCAGGGUUUAGUCACUGACAGCACAAGUUCACUGACUCGCUUCAAGAGUUGGAUUAUUUCAAUAGCCCUGGUCUCAGGAGAAGAUUAAACUUUCAUACUGGGGCAGUGGUUCACUUUAAACACACACACACACACACACACACACAUUUUUUAAUCCUAAGAAUUAACUAAUAACCCAAAAUCCUGUCUUGGCUCAUGAGAUCCAUCAAUUCUUGACAUCAUCCAGACCUGCAUCUAGAACUUCACUGUAAAAUUUUUAGGCAUGUGUUAGGGUUCUGUGAAAACUUUGUUUAAAUGUAAACUUCAUACCACAUUGUCAGUUUUUGUCUUAAUAAAACUAUAUAGAUUUAUAAUCCUU